AUGGCAAAGCCGGGCAAGAACGGGAUGGAGGCGGGCGGCGGGCGCAACGGCUCCACGUACGAGCGCCGCGCCUGGACGCGCAAGGAGGACGACGCCAUCAUCCGCCUCGUGGAGGAGUACGGCACCAAGCGCUGGAGCGUCAUCUCCGACCACCUCAACGGCGAGAACCACGGCACGGAGCGCACGGGCAAGCAGUGCCGCACGCGGUGGCUCAACCACCUGGACCCGACCAUCAAGAAGGACCCGUGGACGGCCGAGGAGGAGCAGAUUAUCGAGGACGCCCAGACGCGGCUCGGCAACAAGUGGGCCGAGAUCUCCAAACUUUUGCCUGGAAGAACCGACAAUGCCAUCAAGAACCACUGGUACUCGUCCAUGAGACGCACGAUGCGUCGGAUGGCCAAGCAGCAGAACAAGACUCUGGGUCAGACGGCUCGCGGAGCUGGCGGCAGCAACAAGGCUGCCAAGUUCAGUACCGACUCGACCCCCGGGGGUGGGACCUCCAUGGUCGAGUUGGCUCGGGACGCCAUGAACGCCGGCAACAACCUCCGCCACCAGACGCAGGGCCUGACGUCGACGCAGGCGGCAGUGUACAAGGAUUGCUACAACGCCCUGAUCAAGCAGGCGGAGGACGGCAAAGGCGGCCAACGAGGAGCGCAGAAGAGCGCGGCCAAGAAGCUCAACUCGAAGCGGAAACGCAAAGACCUGCGGAUCUGCACGGGCAGCGUGUCGGUGGUCGAGAGCGCAGGUAUGUUCUUGCCCGAUACCCCUCGACGCGUGCUGCACACGCAGUUGCUGCUGCAGUUGCUGAACACGGGCGAGGACGACUUCGGUGGCGCCAUCAUCACGGUUGCGAGCACGACAAAUAAGAGCAAGAAGCGCCACGUCCAAGGCAAGAAGAGCGGAGCCGGAGUCGGCGAGCUGGUAGACCACCCGUUCAACGACAUGGACGGCUCCUUCCACGCCUUCGAGCACCUGGACAUCGACUUCAACGAGAUGUUUUAUGUUGAAGAGGAUCGCAGUGUACUGAUUGUUUGUUCUUCAUUGUGGAUUGUGAUUUUGCGCCGCUCGCCGCGGUUCAUGUCACCAGCAGGGUUCAUGAAGCAAGACGGCACCAAGUUCUCGUUCGACGAUCUCGACUUCCCUACGGAACUUGACUCGAGCACGCUUGAAUUCGAGAUCUCCAGUGAGAACGGAGGGGUCCUUCGGCGUUCCCCGCGACUACGCACGGACGUGUCGGUAGCAUUUCCUCACGGCAACGCGUCAACCUUCGGCAUUGGGCGGCAGCCAUCGCCGCACAAACGGUUGGCGCCUCCAACGAUCGACGUGGCCCUCCAGCAAGAGACUUUUGACUUCGACCACUCCAUCACGCCGACGCUGAAGAGCCCCCAGCUGCGGCAAUGGCUCGACGGCUCACCAAAGAGCUUCGUGGCGUCGGUCUAG